AUGUGUAGCUUGAGUUUCUGCAGGAUGGAGGUUCAUCACGGGAUCAGGAAUGCGAGACUUCAAGGGGACUACAGUGAUUAUGCACUGACCGAACCUUGUCCUUUGAGGUCUACUGAUGAUCCUUCGGGGGAGAGCUUUGGUCACAUGGACCAACAACAGGCGAAAGCAGGCAAAACGGAGCAAAGUAGCUCGAUCGAAGCCCUAAGCCACAAGACUCGAUCGACCCACAAGAGGGACAGUUCGAUCGAGCUCAUACUGAGAGGUGAUCGAUCGACCUGCUGCAGCCUACGAGCUCGAUCGAUCCCAUGCGUGCUUCACCACUCGAUCGAUCCCAUGCAGAGCAAGCCAGCUCGAUCGAUCCGUCUGUUCAGCCGUUCGAUCAAUCCCGGUCAGAUGAUAUCACAGCCGUUCGAUCUACUUGGUGCAAACCGACUUGAUCGAACCACAGCGAACCGGAUUGAACCGAAGUCGACCCCGGAGCUAUUUAGACCUAUCUUUAGCCAUUGUUUAGGCUACGCCGUUUUUCAGAGUUUACACUGUUUUCAUUGUUUCCGAGGGAGAAGAGAUCGAACCUCUGUUUUUCACAGUUUGGAGAAGAUUUCUGAACCCUUGUUUGCUAUUUUCUAUUUGAUUCAAUGA